AUGGACGGUCCGGGCAAAGCAGCGGCCACACACACCGAGGGAGUGAAGGUGGACCUGAAAGCAGCUGAGGCAGACCCCGCUGAAGGCUGCGGCUUCUGCCUGAAGAGAAUACGGGACUUUGUUCCGCAAAAGUACCGAAAUGAGCUGGCACAGCUGUUCAAACUGGCGGGACCGGUGGUAAUUUCCCAGCUGAUGAUCUUUAUGAUCAGUUUUGUCAGCAUGGUGUUCUGCGGCCACCUGGGAAAAACUGAACUAGCCGGGGUUUCGUUGUCGAUUGCGGUGGUUAACGUCACCGGUAUUUCCAUUGGCACUGGUUUGUCAUUAACCUGCGAUACGCUCAUAUCACAGACCUAUGGGAGCGGUAACCUGAAGCGUGUGGGUGUGAUUCUCCAGAGGGGGGUUCUGAUUCUGCUGCUGGCCUGUUUCCCCUGCUGGGCCGUCCUCAUCAACACUGAGCCCCUCCUGCUGGCUGUCAAGCAGAGUCCAGAGGUUGCCAGACUCUCGCAGAUGUAUGUGAACAUAUUCAUGCCUGCUUUACCAGCUGCCUUCAUGUACCAGCUGCAGGGAAGGUACCUCCAAAACCAGGGAAUUAUAUGGCCUCAAGUUAUAACUGGAGCAAUCGGAAAUGUCCUGAACGCAAUAAUCAACUAUGUGUUCCUGUAUCCUCUGGAUAUGGGUGUUGCUGGGUCUGCAGCAGCUAAUGCUAUCUCCCAGUAUGUGCUGGCUGUGGUCUUGUUUGCUUACAUCUGCCUGAAGGGUCUCCAUAAGGCUACAUGGGGAGGUUGGUCGCUGGACUGCCUCCAGGAGUGGGGAUCGUUCAUCCAGCUGGCCAUCCCCAGCAUGCUGAUGCUCUGUCUGGAGUGGUGGAUCUUCGAAGUGGGAGGAUUCCUGGCCGGAGUGAUCAGUGAAGUCGAGCUGGGAGCAAACUCCGUCAUAUACGAGCUGGCGAUUAUUGCUUACAUGUUUCCUUUAGGAUUCGCUGCUGCUGCUAGUGUUCGUGUUGGAAAUGCUCUUGGUGCAGGGAACAUUGAACAGGCCAAGCUGUCCUGCAAAGUCCCCAUAUUCUGUGCAUUCAUAAUCGCAUGUGUUGUCGGAGCAAUUCUUGGUGCCUGCAAAGACAUCAUUGGGUACAUUUUCACCUCAGAUCAAGAUAUUUUGUUGAGAGUUUCUGACGUCAUGAUCAUCUUUUGCUUCACACAUCUGUGUGAUGCUGUCGCAGGUGUUACUGGAGGUGUCCUCAGAGGAGCCGGUAAGCAGCUGAUUGGUGCUCUGUGUAACCUGGUGGGCUACUACUUCAUCGGUUUCCCCAUUGGCGUUUCCCUGAUGUUUGCAGCCAAGAUGGGGAUUAUAGGGCUGUGGACGGGACUUACAGUCUGUGUGUUGAUGCAGUCGAUUUUCUUCCUCAUAUAUGUGUCCAAGCUUAACUGGGAGAAGGCUGUAAAAGAGGCUCUUGUGAGGGCAGGAGUGCAGAGCAAAGAAGAAAAAGAUAUGACCAAGAUGGAAAAUUCAGCCUGCAACCAGAGCCAGGUUGGUGUUGCAGCAUCUCGUGAUGAGGAGGACCAUGUGUACCAGGAGACCCAUCCUUCAGAGCAGAGUAAACCCACCACCACAGUGGGGGACGUCCUGUCGGGGACUCAGCUGGUUUUAUGGCGAGGGCUGGCGGUGCUGGUCAUGUUCAUCAUCCUCGCUGCAGGAAUUGUGGCCUCACACUUCCUCACUAAAAUGCUGAAGUGAUCCCUCCGGAUGGUGUCAAGGUGGCAGUCAAAUUCAUGAGUGUUGGGGUCUUAUGGGACAAAGUUUGGCUGCAUCUUAUUUUGGUUAAAAUGGCCUCACUUUCUCUUGUGAACAUCUCAGUCACAUGCUGAACAAAUGUAAGUGUGGCCAAACCAAACCAAACUUAUUUUAGAAACAUCAGACAAGUGUUUGCCGUUUUACUCACACUUCCUGUGUUUCUGUUUCAGUAAAAGCUGGUCUUUAACAUUAAUGAAUGAUAAGUCUCCAACAUGUACUUGAUUUUAUUGUGUAUUUUUAAUUUUAUAAAUUUGUUCUAAAAUUGUUUUUUUUUUAAUUAAGUGGUAUGGAAGAUGAGAGAUCUUAAUGCUGCUGAAGUUUAUGAGGUUGAUGCCCUGGAUUGUAGUUUACUUAUUCUGGAACGUGUUAAAGAUUUGGUGGACUGUCAGUAUUGCUGUCAUACCAAAAUCACUUAAAAGUUAAAAAUUGCUAUGCUUUGCAUAUUGCACAAGUAGCAAAGCAACUGUGCAUUUAAAGAAUGUGAAAUAAUUUAGCACACUUAAAAGUUAAAUAGGGUAGUACAUCCUCACUGCCCAGUUGAAGCCAGGUUUAUGAGUAGCAGCUUUGAUAAGUUUUAAUUAUCACACACCACACAGCCUGUAAGGCAUUUAUAGAACCAGCAUAGAGCGCAUCUAUAUCAUGUUGAAGAUUGAGUGCAUAAAAUACAACCAAAGGUGGGGAUAAAGUGUGUAACAUAAACAUGACUUGAUAAACUGUAAACCUAACAUAAAGAGUGCCUUAACUGACAAAAGUAUAGUUUUUAUAUUUUUUAGAGAGAGAGAGAGAGUAUUAUGAUGUCUUCACUGUGCAAUUGUUAUGUUAUUAAUACAAUGUCAAAUUAUUUUGUACCCUUCUCCUGACUGAUAUCUUUCUAGAGUAGGUAAUCUUGUAUAACCUUUCUAGAAAUUAUGGCUUCAACUAAAGCAAAAAACUUUAUUUUGAAUUGUUUAAAUCCACUUACUGAUAUUAGGUGUGCACCCAAAAAAACUGAAUGCUGAAAUUCAAGUGAAGAUUUCUCAACAAAGUAUUAGCUUAACAAUGUGGAGACUUGUUCAUCAGUUAUUGCAAACAUUUUAUAUUAUUUUUACCAAAGGAAUUGUUUCUCUUUUUUUUUUUUAGCUGAACUGUACAAGAUAAAUGACACAUUAAAAGUGGAAAAAGUUUGAAGUGA